CCACAGGGAGGGCGGGGAGGAGGCGGAAGGAGGAGAGAAGCCAAGAGCCAGGGUGGGGCUGUCGGUCAGGUGGAAACCAUUCUUCCUCCCCCGGCAGUCCCGAGCUGGCUCCCACGGUGUUCGGAAUCUUUGUCCUCACGCCGACACCGGGGAAGCUCGGAUGAGAAGCAUUGGAUCUCCAAGCCUCAGUUUCCCCCUGUUGGCAUGAGCCUGCGGUGAAGGUGAUCUGCGAGGCGCGGUGGCCACUAAGUGGGUAGUCAGUCUUCUAUCACCAUAGUUAAAGUAAGAGAGUUCGUGUUGCUAGCCAAGGUUCGGACACUUUGAGGUUCCAGGUUCUGUGGAGGAGUUCCAAGACUGCCUGGCUCAGCACGGAUACGGAUACCGAUACCAAGGCCUCCCUACGCAUGCGGAUGCCCCGGCCGCGCCCCGGCGUGAUCCUCGUCCUGGCCAUGGCUGCCAUCUCCCUGCUGCUCCUGUCUCACGUGUGGCCGCCCGGCUGCCCCGCCCUGGAGAGGCCCGCGGAGCCCCAGGAGGUCGCCACGUGGCCCCCGAACCCUCCGAGAGCGGCCUCCGCCCCGUGCCUGGCCAACCUGUCGGUGGCCGAGCACCCGGACUUCAGCGAGCUGCCCGCGCACGUGCGCGACUUCCUGCUGUACCGACACUGCCGCGACUUCCCGCUGCUGCGGGAGCCGCCGGCCGCCAAGUGCGCAGGGCCCGUGUUCCUGCUGCUCGCCAUAAAGUCGUCGCCGGCCAACUAUGGUCGCCGCCAGGUGCUGCGCCGCACGUGGGCGCAGGAGCGGCAGGUGCACGGGGCGCCGCUGCGCCGCCUCUUCCUCGUGGGCAGCGACCGCGACCCGCGAGAGGCGCGCAAAUUCAGCCGGCUGCUGGAGCUGGAGGCGCGGGCGUACGGCGACAUCGUGCAGUGGGACUUCCACGACUCCUUCUUCAACCUCACGCUUAAGCAGGUCCUCUUCCUGGAGUGGCAGCGGACUCGCUGCCCCGACGCCAGCUUCGUGCUCAACGGGGACGACGACGUCUUUGCGAACACGGACAACAUGGUCACCUACCUGCAGGGCCAAGACCCGGACCGCCACCUCUUCGUGGGCCACCUGAUCCAGAACGUGGGCCCUAUCCGCUUGCCCUGGAGCAAGUACUUCGUGCCCAAGCUGGUGACCCCGGACGAGAGCUACCCGCCCUACUGCGGUGGCGGCGGCUUCCUGCUGUCGCGCUUCACGGCGGUCGCGCUGUUUCGCGCAGCGCGAGACCUCCCAAUCUUCCCCAUCGACGACGUGUUCCUGGGCAUGUGUCUGCAGCAGCAGGGCCUGGAGCCCGCUUCGCACGACGGGGUGCGCACGGCUGGGGUGCGCGCCCCCAGUCCCCGCCUGUCCUCCUUCGACCCCUGCUUCUACCGGGGGCUGCUCCUCGUGCACCGCUUCCUGCCCUUCGAGACGCUGCUGAUGUGGGACGCCCUGAGCCAGCCCCAGCUCUCCUGCGGCAAGCAGAGCGCGGUCUCCUGAGACGCUGGGGUGGUCAGCACCCUCCCCCCUCGCCCCGGUUCCUGUCCCCACCCUCGUGCGGUGUCAGGGCAGGUCUGAGGAGCCGGCGUAAGCUUCAAAACCCUCUCGGUACUGCUCACGGUGGCAGGCUCGGGGUUGAACAAGCAUGAGCUAAGGAGAAUUGCUGCGGGCCGCGGCCCAGCUCGGAGCUCCCGGUGGCAGGCUCCGGCCUUGCCCUGAGCUUCUGCCUCCGCAGGUCCCCAAGAAAGUGAGGCCAGGGAGCGAGGAGGAUCUUGACUUGGCCCCAGUGAUGUCCCCCAAGGACUCAGGGAACAGCGUAGGGAUAAGAGGGGUCCUGUGUCCCACAGACGGGUGGCGGGAAAUAAAGUCUGUGGAAGGCUGAAGGCGAUGGCUUACAGUG